CCUCGGGGCACUUCCUAGAGCUUUGUCGUAACCACUGGUGGGGUCGAGCGGAGACGCAGGCUAGCCGAGCGUAAGAGCUCUCCUCCUAGAAGGGGCCCUGAGUGGCUUCUCCAGCCAGAGAACUCCGGUCCUCCUGUAGAGUCGAGUGGUGGCGGUGGAGGGACAGUUUGUUUUGCGCACCGAGUGAGGCACACCCGGAAGUGGCUCCGUAGAGGAGCUGCGCCGCUGCUGGGGGCGGCUGCCAGGUACGGGAGGUGGAGGGGACGCCAUGGUGCUCUGGCCUUCUGGCUUCGACUCCUCUGCACGUUAAAAGAUGCUGGAGUCAUAUGUUACUCCAAUUUUAAUGAGCUAUGUGAAUCGCUACAUCAAGAACUUAAAGCCAUCAGAUCUGCAGCUUUCACUAUGGGGUGGAGACGUGGUUCUCAGCAAGCUCGAGUUAAAGUUGGAUGUGCUGGAACAGGAAUUGAAAUUACCAUUCACUUUUUUAAGUGGACAUAUUCACGAGUUGAGGAUCCAUGUACCUUGGACAAAACUGGGUUCAGAACCAGUGGUAAUUACCAUCAACACAAUGGAAUGUAUUUUGAAACUUAAAGAUGGAAUACAGGAUGACCAUGAAAGCUGUGGUUCUAAUUCUACCAACCGUAGUGCUACUGAGAACACAAAAUCAUCAGUAAAACCCCGAAGAAUUCAGCAGGCUGCUCCCACAGAUCCUGCUUUACCCCCAGGUUAUGUGCAGAGUCUGAUUAGACGAGUUGUAAAUAAUGUAAAUAUUGUUAUAAAUAAUCUCAUAUUAAAAUACGUUGAAGAUGAUAUUGUUCUUUCAGUCAACAUCACUUCUGCAGAAUGCUAUACAGUAGGUGAAUUAUGGGAUCGUGCAUUUAUGGAUAUUUCUGCAACUGAUCUGGUGCUGAGAAAGGUUAUCAAUUUUUGCGACUGUACAGUUUGUCUUGAUAAGCGAAAUGCUAGUGGUAAAAUAGAAUUUUACCAGGACCCGUUAUUAUACAAAUGUUCCUUCAGAACUCGUCUGCAUUUUACGUAUGAUAACCUAAAUUCCAAGAUGCCGUCUGUUAUUAAAAUUCAUACCUUAGUAGAGAGUUUGAAACUUUCUAUCACAGAUCAACAACUGCCUAUGUUUAUCCGUGUAAUGCAACUUGGGAUUGCUCUUUACUAUGGAGAAAUAGGCAAUUUUAAAGAUGGGGAAACAGAAGAUCCUACCUGUCACAAUAAAGAUAUGUUAGGAAACGUUACAGGUGCUGAAGAUGAAACAAGAAUAGAUAUGCAGUAUCCUUCUCAGUACAAAGGCCAAGAGUUGUAUUCAGAGCAAGAGGAUGAGCAGCCACAGGGAUGGGUGUCCUGGGCCUGGUCAUUUGUGCCUGCAAUUGUGAGUUAUGAUGAUGGUGAGGAAGACUACCUUGGGAAUGAUCCUGCAUCAACCACCCAUCAGCAAAAAGCACAAACUUUGAAGGAUCCUGUUGUUUCUAUAGGAUUUUAUUGUACAAAGGCAACUGUGACUUUCAAACUCACUGAAAUGCAAGCCGAGAGUAGUUAUUACAGCCCUCAGAAAGUAAAAUCUAAAGAAGUAUUGUGUUGGGAACAAGAAGGAACUACAGUUGAGGCCCUUAUGAUGGGAGAGCCUUUCUUUGAUUGCCAGAUUGGUUUUGUAGGUUGCAGAGCCAUGUGCCUUAAAGGAAUCAUGGGUGUUAAAGAUUUUGAAGAGAAUAUGAGUAGAAGUGAAACCGAAGCCUGUUUCUUCAUUUGUGGUGAAAAUUUGAGUAUGAAAGGUUUGACAUACCUUACAAAUUCAUUGUUUGAUUACCGAAGCCCAGAAAAUAAUGGUACUCGUGCAGAAUUUAUCUUGGAUGCAGCUCAUCAUAAGGAGACAUACACUGAGAUAGCUGGAAUGCAAAGGUUUGGGGCUUUUUACAUGGAUUACCUGUAUACAAUGGAGAAUACUGGUGGCAAAGGUUCUGCAAAUCAACAAGACUUUUCUUCAGGGAAAAGUGAAGAUUUGGGAGUAGUACAGGAGAAGUCUACCAAAAGCCUUGUUAUAGGUCCUCUUGAUUUUCGCUUGGAUAGCAGUGCAGUACAUAGAAUUUUGAAAAUGAUUGUUUGUGCCUUGGAACACGAGUAUGAACCAUAUAGCAGGCUAAAACCAGAUAUUAGAGAUGAAAAUGAAACAAUACUGAAUCCUGAAGAAGUGGCAUCUUUGGAGGAAUAUAUUCCUACUCGACAUACAAGUGUUACUCUCCUUAAAUGUACCUGCACAAUUUUCAUGGCUGAAUUCAACUUGCUGGAUCAUUUGCUACCUGUCAUUAUGGGAGAAAAGAAUUCAAGUAACUUCUUGAAUACUACAAACUUCCAGUCUCUUCGGCCCUUGCCAUCUAUUCAGAUAUUGGUGGAUAAAAUUAAUCUGGAACAUUCUGUGCCGAUGUACGCUGAAGAGUUGGUGCAUGUGGUCAGCAGCCUUACUCAGCCUUCUGAUAAUCUGCUUCAUCAUUGCUAUGCACACUGCUACCUUAAGAUAUUUGGUUUCCAGGCAAGACUGACGUCUUUGGAUUGUAGGGGAUCUUACUGCUUACCUGUACCGAUUAUUCCCUCUUUCAGCACUGCUCUUUAUGGUAAACUUCUGAAACUACCUACAUGCUGGACCAAAAGAUCUCAGAUUGCUAUAACUGAAGGUAUAUUUGAACUUCCAAAUCUCACAGUUCAAGCCACCAGAGCACAGACACUUCUGCUGCAAGCAAUAUAUCAAAGUUGGUGUCAUAUUGGAAAUGUCAGCUCUGCAGCAGUGAAUGAAGCUUUGAUGAAUGAGGUUUUCCCAACUGUAGGUGUGAAAUCUAAGAAUCCCCUGCCAAGUCUUGAGGGCUCAAUCCAGAAUGUUGAAUUGAAGUACUGCAGCACAUCAUUGGUCAAAUGUGCCUCUGGGACCAUGGGAUCAAUAAAAUUUUGUGCCAAAGCCCCAGGUGAUAGUGGAAAAGAGAAGUUGAUUCCAUUGCUUCAGGGUCCUUCUGACACUAAAGACCUUCAUAGCAGCAAGUGGCUCAAUGAGAGUAGAAAGCCAGAAUCUCUCUUAGCUCCAGAUUUGUUAGCCUUCACAGUCCAAGUUCCGCAGUAUAUGGACUACUGCCACAAUUCCGGUGCCGUACUUCUUUGUAGUGUACAAGGACUAGCAGUUAACAUUGACCCAGUCUUAUACACCUGGCUCAUUUAUCAGCCUCAGAAACAAACCAGUAGACAUGUGCAGCAGCAGCCUGUGAUAGCUGUUCCUCUUGUUAUGCCAAUUAGCAGAAGGAAAGAGGACGAGAUGUCUCUUGGAAGUGCGCCCUUGGCAAAGCAACAAUCAUAUCAGGCCUCUGAAUAUGCCAGCAGCCCUAUAAAAACAAAAACAGUAACAGAAUCCAAACCAUUGUCUGUUCCUGUGAAAGCCAUGCUGAAUAUAUCAGAAGGAUGUAGAAGUCCUGAAGAAAAAAUGAAAGAAUUUAUUGGAGUAAUAUGGAAUGCGGUAAAGAGUCUCACACUGCAGCUUGAAGUACAAUCUUGUUGUGUGUUCAUUCCAAAUGAUAGCCUGCCUUCCCCAAGUACGAUUGUAUCUGGUGACAUUCCUGGAACAGUAAGAAGUUGGUACCAUGGACAAAGCAACAUGCCGGGAACGCUUGUCCUCUGUUUGCCUCAAAUAAAGAUUAUUAGUGCUGGCCACAAGUAUAUGGAACCUCUGCAGGAGAUUCCAUUUGUCAUCCCACGACCCAUCCUUGAAGAAGGUGAUGCUUUUCCUUGGACUAUCAGCUUGCAUCAUUUCAGCAUAUAUAGCCUUUUUGGAAAACAAGUGACACUUUGCCUAGUGGAACCUAUGGGUUGCACCUCUACUCUAGCUGUUACAUCUCAAAAACUACUUGCUACAGGACCUGAUACAAGACAUUCAUUUGUCGUUUGUCUCCAUGUUGACCUAGAGUCGCUUGAGAUAAAAUGCUCGACCCUCCAGGUGCAGCUCUUAUAUGAGCUAACUGAUAUCAUGAAUAAGGUCUGGAAUAAGAUUCAGAAGAGAGGUAAUCUCAGUCCUUCUUCAGCCUAUCCAGAGACCAUGGCAGGGCCUAUUCCCAGUUCUCCAGUCAGAAGCAGUGUAGGCACAGCUCCUCCAGAUACCAGCACAUGCAGCCCAUCUGCUGACGUUGGAACUACUACUGAGGGAGAUUCUGUACAAGCAGGUGAUGAUUCACCAUUCUCAGAUUCUGUUACCUUGGAACAAACUACAAGUAACAUUGGUGGAUCCAGUGGACGUGUUAGUCUGUGGAUGCAGUGGGUACUCCCCAAAAUUAGUAUAAAGCUCUUUGCUCCAGAUCCUGAAAAUAAAUGCACAGAGCUUUGUAUGGUCAGUGAACUGGAAGAUCUCAGUGCAUCCAUAGAUGUCCAGGAUGUAUAUACCAAAGUGAAAUGUAAAAUAGAAAGUUUUAAUAUUGAUCACUAUAGAAGCAGGCAAGGGGAAGGUUGGCAGUCAGGACAUUUUGAAGGAGUAUUUCUACAGUGCAAAGAAAAACCUGUGACAACUGCAAAACUUCUAGAUGGCUCUCAUCAGCAGCAUGGAUUUCUCUCUUUGACAUACACAAAAGCUGUAACAAAAAAUGUCCGCCACAAGUUAAUAUCAAGAAAUGAGCGCAGAAGUUUUCAUAAGUUAUCUGAAGGUUUCACGGAUGGUUCCCCUCAUUUUCUUCAUGAAAUUCUUCUUUCAGCACAAGCUUUUGACGUUGUCCUUUGUUUUCCUUUACUUAAUGCCAUUGCAAGUAUAUUUCAAGCAAAACUACCAAGGACCCAAAAAGAGAAAAGAAAAUCUCCUGGUCAGCCCAUGAGGACCCAUACACUGACUUCACGCAAUUUACCCUUGAUUUAUAUCAACACAAGUGUAAUCAGAAUUUUUGUUCCAAAAACAGAAGAAAUGCAGCCAAGUAUUGAAGUUAAUCAGGCAGCAAAAGAAGACACCCUGGUUUUGAAGAUUGGCUCUGUUGCGAUGGCUCCCCAGGCUGACAAUCCCCUUGGCAGAUCUGUCCUCAGGAAAGAUAUUUACCAGAGAGCCUUGAACUUAGGAAUUCUUCGAGACCCUGGAUCAGAAAUUGAAGACAGACAAUACCAAAUAGACCUGCAGUCCAUCAAUAUUGGUACUGCACAAUGGGAUCAACUAAAACCAGAGAAGGAAAGUGGCACAGGAGGAGUGCUAACAGAGAGUGAAAGAAAUUCUCAAAAUCCAGCCCUUGAGUGGAAUAUGGCCAGCAGCAUACGGCGGCAUCAAGAAAGAAGAGCAAUUUUAACUCCCAUUUUAACAGAUUUUUCUGUCCGAAUAACUGGAGCACCUGCCAUCAUUUUCAGCAAAAUAAUUUCUCCAGAAAAUAUGCAUACUGAGGAGAUUUUAGUGUGUGGCCAUUCCUUGGAAGUGAAUAUAACCACAAACCUGGACUUCUUCCUAAGUGUGGCUCAAGUUCAACUCUUACAUCAGUUAAUAGUAGCAAACAUGACUGGACUGCAACCAUCAAGCAAGGCCACAGAGAUCUCUAAGCAAGAACAGAAAAAAAUGGAUACAUUUGAUGGAAGCAUGGCUGAAACCUCAUCUCGGUACAGUGGUGCUCAGGAUAGUGGAAUUGGCAGUGACAGUGUUAAAAUCAGAAUAGUGCAAAUAGAGCAGCACAGUGGUACCAGUCAGCAUCGCAUUGCCCGUCCCUCACGCCAGUCAUCCAUUGUAAAAAAUCUAAAUUUUAUUCCGUUUGACAUAUUUAUUACUGCAAGUAGAAUCUCGCUAAUGACCUAUUCCUGUACAGCCUUACCCAAAUUGAAAUCGCAAGAAGGGAAGGACAACGAAAAAACUGCCAAGAGUUCAUUAAAUCUCCCAGAAGUUGAUUCAGAUGUUGCUAAGCCCAGCCAAGCAUGUAUUUCCACGGUAACAGCAGAAGAUCUCUUAAGCAGCAGCAUAUCUUUUCCUUCAGGGAAAAAAAUAGGGGUCAUCUCUCUUGAAAGUCUUCAUGCAUCCACAAGGUCAUCUGCUAGACAAGCACUGGGUAUUACUAUCGUUCGGCAGCCUGGACGAAGAGGAACUGGUGACUCACAGCUAGAACCUUUUUUGUACUUUAUUGUGUCCCAACCUUCUUUGCUUUUGAGUUGUCACCACAGAAAGCAGCGAGUAGAAAUAUCCAUUUUUGAUGCUGUGCUUAAAGGAGUCGCCUCUGAUUACAAAUGCACAGAUCCUGGGAAGACUCUGCCUGAAGCCCUUGAUUACUGCACAGUUUGGCUGCAGACAGUACCUGGAGAAAUAGACAGCAAAAGUGGUAUUCCACCUUCCCUUGUGAUGCUACAAAUUAAAGAUUUUCUUAAUGGACCAGCAGACAUCAACUUGGAUAUAUCAAAACCUUUGAAAGCACACCUGAGUUUUACCAAGCUGGAUCAGAUAAACCAUUUUUUAAAGAAGAUAAAAAGUGUGCACAGCAAAGAGACUUCAGUCCUGUCAGAUACCAUGCUGAAUAAAGAUGAGCUGCCAGCCUCCAAAUGCUAUCGUGGAAAGUUGUCUAAACUUAAAGUUCAUGGUGAUAGAGCACAAAACAUUCCAUUUAAAGAAAACGUGUGGAGAACUGUUUCCUGCUUUCAAAAAAUUUCUGUCCAUACUACUCAGAUUGUGGUCUCCAUGGAAACUGUCCCCCAUCCUAAUAAACCAUGCCUGUUAGCAUCCUUAUCAACCCUCAAUGGAAGCCUUAAUGUCAAAGCAGCACAAAAAGUACCUGGCAUAAUUCUUGGGUCAUCAUUUCUACUCAGUGUAAAUGAUUUUCUCCUUAAAACAAGUCUCAAAGAAAGAAGUCGAAUUCUGCUAGGACCGUGUUGUGCUACUGCCAAUCUGGAAGCUAAAUGGUGUAAACACAGUGGCAGUCCAGGCCCAGAACAGUCCAUACCAAAAAUAUCCAUUGAUUUAAGAGGAGGUCUGCUACAGGUUUUCUGGGGUCAAGAACAUUUGAAUUGUUUAGUUCUUCUACAUGAAUUACUCAUUGGAUACCUUAACGAGGAGGGAAACUUUGAAGAGCAAGUUUCUGAGGCAGUGCCACAAAUGCCAUCUCCUAUGGAAAAGAAUCUGAUGUUUAAAAGUGAACAAAGCUCAGAUGACCUGCGGACAGGUCUAUUUCAGUAUAUACAAGAUGCUGAACCUUUGAAAAUGCCUGGUGUCUAUGAAGUCUUGUUUUACAAUGAAACUGAAGAUAGCCCAGGGAUGAUGUUAUGGAGAUAUCCAGAACCGAGAGUGCUCACCCUUGUAAGAAUAACUCCUGUGCCCUUCAACACCACAGAAGAUCCAGAUAUUAGCACAGCAGACCUUGGUGAUAUGCUACAGAUUCCUUGUAGUUUGGAAUACUGGGAUGAACUCCAGAAGAUUUUUGUUGCAUUCCGAGAAUUUAGUCUGUCUGAAAGUAAAGUUUGUGAACUGCAAUUGCCAAAUAUCAAUCUUGUGAAUGACCAGAAGAAACUGGUAUCCUCGGAUCUUUGGAGAAUUGUCUUGAACAGCAGUCAAAAUGGAGCUGAUGACCAAAGUUCUGCAAGUGAAUCCGGUUCUCAAAGCGCUUGUGACCAACUUGUAACUCCAACAGCCCUGGCUGCCUGUACCAGAGUCGACUCCUGUUUUACCCCGUGGUUUGUCCCAUCUCUUUGCAUUUCCUUCCAGUUUGCUCACCUGGAGUUCCGUCUUUGUCAUCACCUUGAUCAACUAGGCACAGCUCCACCACAAUACCUACAGCCAUUUAUUUCUGAUAAAAAUAUGCCAUCUGAACUAGAAUACAUGAUUAUUUCCUUCAGAGAACCACACAUCUAUCUUCGACAGUGGAAUAAUAGUUCUGUCUGUCAGGACAUCCGGUUCUCAGCUCAAGCAGACUGUAAACUUCUAGAAUGCAGAAAUGUUACGAUGCAAAGCGUGGUGAAACCCUUCAGCAUCUUUGGACAGAUUGCGGUUUCCAGUGAUGCGGUAGAAAAGUUGCUUGACUGCACCAUCAUAGUUGAGUCUAUAUUUGUAAACUUUGGGCAACAUGUAGUUCAUUCUCUAAACACUGCAAUACAAGCUUGGCAACAGAACAAAUGCCCUGAGGUAGAGGAGUUGGUCUUCAGCCAUUUUGUGAUCUGUAAUGACACACAGGAGACAAUGCGGUUUGGCCAGGUGGAUACUGAUGAAAAUAUUCUGUUGGCGAGUCUCCACAGUCACCAGUACAGCUGGCGCUCUCACAAAUCCCCACAGCUGUUACACAUCUGUAUUGAAGGUUGGGGCAAUUGGCGUUGGUCAGAGCCCUUCAGUGUGGACCAUGCCGGGACUUUUAUUAGAACUAUUCAAUACAAGGGUCGAACUGCUUCACUCAUCAUCAAGGUUCAGCAACUCAGUGGAGUGCAGAAACAGAUUAUCAUCUGUGGAAGACAGAUCAUCUGUAGUUACUUGUCUCAAAGCAUAGAACUAAAAGUCGUUCAGCAUUACAUUGGUCAAGAUGGACAAGCUGUGGUUCGAGAACAUUUUGACUGCCUCACAGCCAAAGAGAAAUUGCCUUCAUACAUACUAGAAAACAGUGAACUGACAGAGUUGUGCGUGAAGGCCAAAGGAGAUGAAGAUUGGUCAAGAGAUGUGUGCCUGGAAUCCAAGACCCCUGAGUAUAGCAUUGUCAUUCAGGUGCCGUCUUCAAACAGUUCCAUUAUUUAUGUCUGGUGCACAGUUUUGACUUUAGAACCCAAUUCUCAAGUGCAGCAACGAAUGAUUGUGUUCAGCCCUCUUUUUAUCAUGAGGAGUCAUCUUCCAGACCCCAUUAUCAUACAUUUGGAGAAAAGGAGUCUGGGAUUGAGUGAAACACAAAUUAUUCCGGGAAAAGGGCAGGAAAAACCACUGCAAAACAUAGAACCUGACCUUGUACAUCACCUGACAUUUCAAGCAAGAGAAGAAGAAGAUCCUUCACAUUGUGCUGUUCCCAUCUCAACAUCCCUCAUUAAGCAAAUAGCCACUAAGAUACACCCUGGAGGCACAGUUAAUCAGAUCCUGGAUGAAUUCUAUGGGCCAGAAAAGUCCCUUCAACCCAUAUGGCCCUAUAAUAAAAAGGAUUCUGACAGGAAUGAACAGCUGAGUCAGUGGGAUAGCCCAAUGCGAGUGAAGCUGUCAGUCUGGAAGCCAUAUGUUAGAACCCUGUUGAUAGAACUUCUACCCUGGGCCCUGCUUAUCAACCAAUCCAAGUGGGACCUCUGGCUAUUUGAAGGAGAGAAGAUUAUUUUACAGGUUCCUGCUGGCAAAAUUAUUAUCCCUCCUAAUUUUCAGGAAGCUUUUCAAAUUGGAAUAUACUGGGCAAAUACAAACACUGUGCACAAGUCAGUAGCAAUUAAACUGGUCCAUAACCUGACAUCUCCAAGGUGGAAAGAUGGAGGUAAUGGUGAAGUUGUGUCAUUGGACGAAGAAGGGUUCGUUGAUGCCGAAAUAAGACUUGGUGCUUUCCCAGGACAUCAGAAGUUAUGUCAGUUCUGCAUUUCCUCCAUGGUACAGCAAGGUAUACAAAUUAUUCAGAUUGAAGACAAGACUACAAUAAUCAAUAAUACACCAUAUCAAAUAUUUUAUAAGCCACAGUUAUCUCUCUCCAAACCCCAUUCUGGAAAGGAGUAUUUUCACGUUCCAGACAGUGCUACUUUCAGCAUUUGCCCAGGUGGUGAGCAGCCUGCUGUGAAAUCCAGCUCUCUUCCUUGCUGGGACUUAAUGCCUGACAUCAGUCAGUCAGCAUUGGAUGCAUCCCUGCUUCAGAAACAGAUCCUGCUGGCCUUUUCUCCUGCUGCAGGUGCCGACAGCUCACAGUGCUGGAGCCUGCCAGCUAUAGUCAGACAAGAGUUUCCCAGACAGAGUGUGGCAGUGCCCUUCGGGAAUUGUAGGGAAAAUGGAUUCUGUACCAGGGCUAUUGCACUGACAUAUCAAGAACAUUUUGGAGUGACUUAUUUAACCCUCUCAGAAGACCCUAGUCCUCGAAUAAUUUUCCACAACAGAUGUCCAGUAACAAUACUUAUAAAGGAAAAUAUUAAAGAUAUUCCGAACUUUGAGGUUUAUUGCAGAAAAAUUCCUUCUGAGUGCUCAAUUCAUCAUGAGCUGUAUCAUCAGAUUUCCAGUUAUCCAGACUGUAAGACCAGAGACUUACUUCCUAGCCUCCUUUUGAGAGUAGAAUUGCUGGAUGAAAUAACAACUGAGUGGAGUGAUGCCGUAGACAUCAAUAGUCAGGGAACACAGGUUGUGUUCCUCACUGGCUUUGGCUAUGUAUAUGUGGACAUUGGCCAUCAGUGUGGCACAGUCUUCAUCACUGUGGCCCCAGAAGGAAAAGCAGGACCUAUUUUAACCAAUACCAACAGAACUUUGGAGAAGACUGUGACAUUUAAAAUGUUCGUCACUCAGUUGAGCCUGGCGGUGUUUGAUGACCUCACCCACCACAAAGCAGCAUCUGAACUUCUGAGACUCACGCUGGACAAUGUUUUCCUCCAAAUGGCCCCAGUGGCUGGUCCCCUCCUCGGGGAAGAGACGGCUGCAGCCGUCUUUCAGCUUUACGGUGUGGAGGUCUACUGUGGGGACCUGCAGUUAGACAACCAGCUGUAUAACAAGUCCAAUUUCCACUUUGCUGUCUUGGUCUGCCAGGGAGAAAAAACAGAACCUACUCAGUGUUCCAAAAUGCAAAGUCUCCUUGUAUCCAGCAAAGAUUUGGAAGAAUAUAAGGAAAAUUGUUUUAUCAGACUUUGCCUCACCUUAACGGAGAGCAAGAGCUUAUUUGAUAUUAAUGAGUUCAGUUUUGAAUUGAAACCUGCCCGGUUAUAUGUGGAAGAUACAUUUGUAUACUACAUCAAAACUUUGUUUGAGACGUACCUUCCUAACAGCAACCUGGCCAGUCACCCCACGAUGGUCUCAGGUGGUAAACAGGUGUUGCCCGUGCAGGUCAGACAGCACGCCAGGGCCUUGGUGAAUCCUGUGAAGUUACGGAAGCUGGUGAUAGAGCCGGUGAAUCUCCUCGUCAGCAUCCACGCCUCUCUCAAGCUGUACAUAGCCUCCGACCACACUCCGCUCUCCUUCUCAGUGUUUGAAAGAGGCCCCAUCUUCACCACGGCCAGGCAGCUCGUCCAUGCCCUGGCGAUGCACUAUGCUGCUGGGGCGCUCUUCAGAGCAGGCUGGGUGGUUGGAUCUCUGGAAAUCCUCGGCAGCCCAGCAAGUUUGGUGCGAAGCAUCGGGAACGGGAUCGCCGACUUCUUCAGGCUUCCGUAUGAGGGGUUGACCCGAGGCCCAGGAGCCUUUGUGAGUGGAGUUUCCAGAGGGACAACAUCAUUUGUAAAGCACAUUUCCAAAGGUACCCUCACCUCCAUCACCAACUUGGCCACAAGCCUGGCCCGGAACAUGGACCGGCUCUCUCUGGAUGAGGAGCACUACAACCGGCAGGAGGAGUGGCGGCGGCAGCUCCCCAAGAGCCUGGGCGAGGGCCUCCGACAGGGCCUGUCCCGGCUGGGCAUCAGCCUGCUCGGUGCAAUUGCUGGUAUAGUCGAUCAGCCAAUGCAAAACUUCCAGAAAACAUCUGAGGCUCAUGCUUCAGCAGGACACAAGGCCAAGGGUGUUAUCUCGGGCGUUGGGAAAGGAAUCAUGGGGGUGUUCACAAAGCCCAUCGGAGGAGCUGCCGAGCUUGUGUCACAGACUGGCUACGGUAUUUUACACGGAGCUGGACUGUCUCAGCUUCCCAAACAGCGCUAUCAGCCACGUGACUUACAUGCUGACCAGGCUCCGAAUAGCCAUGUCAAAUAUGUCUGGAAAAUGCUUCAGCCUCUGGGCAAACCAGAAGUCCACAUGGCCCUGGAUGUGAUUCUGGUGAGGGGCUCAGGCCAGGAGCAUGAAGGGUGCUUGCUGCUGACGUCAGAAGUGCUCUUCGUGGUGAGUAUCAGCGAGGACACACAGCAGCAGGCCUUCCCCAUCACGGAGAUCGACUGUGCACAGGACAGCGAGCAAAACAACCUGCUCAUCAUACAGCUCAAGCAGCCAAGAGUGGCAUGUGACGUGGAGGUGGAUGGAGUCCGAGAGAGACUGUCAGAACAACAGUACAACAGACUUGUGGACUACAUCACAAAGACAUCUUGUCACCUGGCCCCCAGCUGUUCUUCCAUGCAGACACCAUGCCCUGUGGUGGCCGUGGAACCUCUCCCCUCCGCUGUGAAAACAUACCAUUACAUGGUUGAUCCACAUUUUGCUCAAGUCUUCAUUAGUAAAUUUACCAUGGUGAAAAAUAAAGCCCUGAGGAAAGGGUUCCCUUGAGUCCCCUCUGAGGUGUUGAUUCCUGCUUGUGCAACUUAACUUAUUUUUGAGAGAAACCUAACUAGCUCUAACGUCUAACAUGGACAGAAGGCCUUCUGUAUAGUAAUUCUUUAGCCUCUUCUAAAAUUCAGAUUCUUCUUUCUCCCUAUAACGAAGAAGAAAAUUUUAAAUAGAGUGAUAAAAAACUUGUGUCUUUCCUAUUUGGGGAAUAGUGAUUGAUUAAUAGAAUCCUAUAUGUUGUAGUCCUAUCACACAUAGAAAAUGCAUUCCUUUUUGCUCUAUAUUUGCUAACAUUUCAACUACAAUUAGGAUCUGUUAACUCGGCUCUAACGCAAAAUGUGGUCAAGGCCUUAGAAUGGAGAGACAGAGUAAAACUUCAUUCCCAGGUAUACCUGUUUUUAGGCUGAGACACCGUCUUUGCCUAAUAAAUACCCUUGUCUGCAAAGGUCUGGGUUCUUUAAAUGAAAUUAAAUGUUUAGGAUUUUAUUGUUUAACCAGUUAAAUUUGUUACUUAAAUGGGAUGCUAUUCUUUAAGUCAAAGCUGCUAUGUAUAUUCCUACUUUCAAGUCUGUGUUUUACUGAAAUUUACAGAACAUUCUGAUGACUGUCCAGGUACGUUUUGGAAAAAAUGUUUUUCCAGUUUAGAUUUUACUAGGCAAGCUUGGAAUAAAUCUUUUGUGUCUACUGAUGAAACAAACCCAAAGUGCUCAGGUGAGUUUCUUUAGUUUCAUAAACAAAA